AUGGACAUCCUAAUCGUGAUGGAAGUCAAUGUAAUCGGCAGGGAGAUGAAUUACGAAACUUCAUUGGAACAACUAAAGAGCGUCUUGAAGGCCGACGAUACCGACGUCGAUGCAGACGCGUUCAUCGUUAAAUUAGCUGAGAAGAACCUCAUCUCCGAGCCCGAGGAAACAGAAUUGAAAUCAAAGAAUCACCACUCCAAGAUCGACGACGCAUUCGACAUCCUCUGCAAGAAAAAUCCUAAAACAACUUAUGAGAGCGUUCUGGGUAUGCUACAGGAAAUGCAGAGAAAUGAUAUCAUCGAAAUCUUCCAUAAGUCUCUUGCAUUGAAGAAUCUGCAGAAUGAGGAAGAUAAUGGACCUGAGGAGGAACUUAAUUCCAAUGGAGGAAAUGAGACCGGCAAUGGGCUUCCUGACCUUGAGAGCGUGCCAACCAAUGACGCCGGAAGUGAAACAACUAUGACCAUUCCCACACCGUGCUUCACCUCAAAUGAACUGACUGUAUAUGUGCUGGCCCUUCAGCGGUUUGGAUGGUGGUGGGCCAGAGCUGACAAGUGGGACAUAUACCUGAUGGCCCACAACCCUAUGAAGUUGUUGAGUCACCAGCUGUCUUCCCCAAAUGCAGAUAGUGGGAUACUCACCUACGUGCUACUUGGGAUGUAA